UGUUUGAUCAUCUGUAAAUGAUGGAUACAUAAAAAGGUUGAUGACAGCGUCCCGUUUGCUCAGCGUCCUCGUCUGGGUGGAGGAUCAGGAUCACUGCAGCACUGGGAAGCGCCGAGCCACACUGACAGACGCAUGUGGAAGCGCGACUCAGAAGAACCCGGGAUACAAAUGAUCCCGCUGCGUGUUUUUCGGGGUCGGAGGUAAUCCUGGAUCCUCACCUGCCGUGUGAGAAGGUAGUGUCUACUCUUCCCUUAACCGUCCCUCACCCACUCUUCACACCAUGACCGUGGCUACAAGUGACCAUAUAGAUGAAGCUGCGGCUCAUCCGGGUCAACCUCAGGACACGUAUGAUCCGGAACCAGACCAUGAGUGCUGUGAGCGAGUGGUCAUUAACAUCUCAGGACUACGAUUUGAGACACAGCUUAAGACGCUCUCUCAGUUCCCAGAUACUUUACUCGGGGACCCUAAAAAGAGAAUGCGCUACUUUGAUCCUCUAAGAAACGAGUACUUCUUUGACCGGAACCGACCCAGUUUCGAUGCCAUUCUGUACUAUUAUCAAUCCGGAGGACGCCUACGGCGGCCAGUCAACGUCACUUUGGAUAUUUUCUCCGAGGAGAUCCGCUUUUACGAACUCGGUGAGGAAGCCAUUGAGAUUUUCAGGGAGGAUGAGGGAUUUAUUAAAGAGGAAGAGAAACAACUGCCAGAAAACGAGUUUCAAAGGCAGGUGUGGUUGUUGUUUGAGUAUCCAGAAAGUUCCGGUCCAGCCCGGAUUAUCGCCAUCAUUUCUGUCAUGGUCAUUUUAAUUUCAAUCGUCAGUUUCUGCCUAGAGACGCUACCUAUUUUCCGCAAUGAGGACAUGCAGAUGCACAAAACCUACAACAGCGACUCCAACUCCACAACAACCUAUACAUCCAACUACUUCACCGACCCCUUUUUUAUCCUGGAGACACUCUGCAUCAUUUGGUUCUCCUUUGAAUUCCUUGUCCGUUUCUUUGCCUGCCCAAGUAAGGCAGGCUUCUUUGUAAACAUCAUGAACAUCAUUGACAUUGUCGCAAUCAUCCCGUAUUUCAUCACACUUGGGACUGAAUUGGCUGAAAGUCCAGAAGAAGGUCAACAGGGUCAACAAGCGAUGAGUUUAGCAAUUCUCAGAGUGAUCCGAUUGGUGCGAGUCUUCAGGAUCUUCAAGCUCUCACGCCACUCGAAAGGUCUUCAGAUUCUGGGUCAGACUCUCAAGGCGAGCAUGCGAGAACUGGGGCUUCUUAUCUUCUUCCUCUUCAUUGGAGUCAUCCUCUUCUCCAGUGCAGUGUACUUUGCAGAAGCGGACGAAGCAGAUUCGCAGUUUAUCAGCAUUCCAGAUGCUUUUUGGUGGGCAGUAGUAUCUAUGACCACUGUAGGAUAUGGAGAUAUGGUUCCAAUUACGAUCGGUGGUAAAAUAGUAGGUUCUUUGUGUGCUAUCGCCGGUGUCUUGACCAUCGCUCUUCCAGUACCUGUCAUCGUGUCCAACUUUAACUACUUCUACCACAGAGAAACAGAGGGAGAGGAGCAGGCACAAUACCUCAACGUGACCAGCGUCCCUAAGAUUGACUCGGCGGAGGAUCUGAAAAAGAGCCGAAGUGUCUCCAGCUUGAGCAAAUCCGACUACAUGGAGAUCCAGGAGGCUGUGAACAACAGCAAUGAGGAUUUCCAUGUGGAGAACCUCAAAACCGGCAACUGCACGCUUGCUAACACCAACUAUGUCAACAUCACCAAGAUGCUCACCGAUGUAUAGCUGGAUAUUUCUUCCUAUCGGGAUGGAUUGAAAAGCUUUUUGGGAAUGGAUAAGCUACGCGUAUCCUUGUUUCUAUGGCUUUAGGAUGCUGAAGGUCAGAGAAGUUGCAGCUGAAGUGAUGGAUAAUUAACAGAUCUUUUGGAGGAUGUUAAAAAAUUCCAGUUGUUCUGGAUUUAGGAUGAAUCUAAGCGCGCCCACCACACUCCUCACCAUAACCUUAACUAUUCACCAACUGCAGCAGGAAUAUCUAUCACUUAUUUAUAGUCGGGAGACCAUUCUAUCAUCUCUGCUUGUAGCCAAAAUCGUAGCCACUAGAAACGCUAGUAAUGGUAGCACAAGGGACCAUUGUAAACUGCCAACUCAAAGAGGACUUUCCUCUUCACUGAUAAACAAAGAGCUAUAACAAAGAAAAAAAAAAGUGGAUAACACACUAAAAGCAUACUGCCAGCCACUGCAGC